AUGAGGUUCGGUGCCGACUUCUACCGGUACCAGAUCCCAGACUGGCAUCGGUACUACAUAAGCUACAAUGAGCUGAAAGCUCUCAUCAAGCUCAAUGCUGGGCGGGACGACUACCAUGUCAACCUCAAAGAGAUUGAAAGCAGCAUAGAGAAGCAGGUCAACAAGCUAGAGUCUUUCCAGCAGCGAAAACUGGACUGGUUCGGGAGGCAAGAGUCCGAUGUUUGCGCUCGAGUCGCCCCGACACAGCGGCCUUUGACACCUGCGGACAUCGCAGACAUAGACUAUCAGACCCUGCAACUGCUCCUUCACGAUUAUGACGAGUUGCGACAGCAUCACGGCCAGUUACUAUGGUUCGGCAGGGUCAAUGAAGAGGCAGCGCGCAGAUUGACCCUCAAGCUAAAGAAACUCGAGCUUUCGAGUGAUCCUUCUUACCGCCAGGUCUACCAGAAGGCGACGAGCCUUCUUUCACGAGUUGUGCCGGAUGAUUCAUGUGCCGCAACUCACAGGAGGUUGAGCACCCUGGUCACUGCAAUCAAUAUAUCUCUCGAAAGCCAUGAACCUCGCCAGAUACUUCCCCGCCUCGAUGCCGAUACAUUGCGUUCUAUACAUCCUGGAGUUUCUCUCGAAGACUGGAAACUAGCAUUGCACGAUGACGAGCCAAGUUCCAUUGCAGAGGCGUUCCAACCCGCCAUUGAGUUACAAGCGCACUCGAACAGCUACUCUCUAGAUGGUAUUGCUCAUCAAUUACUGCGCGACUCCGUAUCACAUCAGGCAAAUAGGAUCACCCGCUGGCUGCUGACUGACUUGUUCCCCCGAUGCGAUCUUGGGGUAGACUUCGACUGCCUUGUCCUCUUCCUGAGAGUCUUUGAAGGGGAGGGAUCGGUGGCAACUCAGCAAGAAGGCAGUCAAGGAGAGUAUCUUGACUCAUCUAAUACCUCCGACUGA